CUGAAUGAAUCUGAUGAUGCAGAUGAGUUGGUGAUGAAAUACAAGGAUGUGAAAGUGAAUUUGGGAGAUCUGGAAUACCUAGGGGCAUCCCUUUUACAUGGAGUUGAUGCAACCACGAUGAAGUUUCAUCCUCGUCUCCACCGCAAGAAAUUUCACCGGAUUAUUUAUAACUUUCCGCAUGCAGGGUUUCACGGCCGUGAAACCAAUCCCGAUGUUAUUAUGAUGCAUAGGAAUCUCGUCCGCGGAUUCUUGUGGAACGCGAGAAGCAUGCUGUCGCCUGAUGGCGAAGUUCAUAUCAACCACAAAUUCACUGCUCCAUAUCACAGUUGGGGAGUCGCAGAUAUAGCAUUAGAGUGCCAAUUAGUCCUUGUUGGGCUACAUGAUUUCAAGAUCGAACACUACCCAGGCUACAAAAAUAAACGAGGAUCGGGUUCCAGAUGUGACAAGCCGUUUCCACUGGGCGAUUGCAGAACCUUUAUAUUCAAACUCCGCCCUGUAACCGCAAUAUUCCUGAAAAUGGAGUCUCGAAAACUCCACGCCCCCCCUAUUCAUCCAGGUACCAUGGGACGAGCAAAAAGUACCGAGGAAAUCGAAAAGAAGUGCAGUAAAAGGGCAAUAGGAUGCAACUUCUGCACCGGGCACGUUAGCGCUUCGAUCAGCAAGCGCUCGCGCGCAUGAGAAAAUUAAUGCGAUGGAUCGAUGAUGGUAAAUGUGUCGUGUAAAUAUUGCUAUUUUGAGUUGGGGUGUAAUUAGUAUAGUAUCCUGCGUUUUGUACGAUAGAUUGAACUUGGAAGUGAUCUACGUGAAGAUAAUUGUAUGUAUUUUAACUUUGUUUAUUUAUAAUUUCUAGCUUGCAUGUGAAAAAUGCAUUCGAGUUAAUAUGCACGUG